AUGAAGGCCGUCAACCCUGACAUUGAACCCGAUGUGCUGCCCUGCCUUGUUUUUGGUAUGUCAGUGAGCCAAAGACUAGCAGUUUCAUACGUUCACUAUCCUCAUGGGGAUAUCCACUGCAUGACAUUUCUUGACUCAUAUUACUUCACCAAACCUGAUGAUCGCCAGAAAUGUCAUGACUUCGUGGUGAACGUAACUAAUUGGAUGGAGCGAACCCAGCUCCCUCACAUUAAAGGACUUCUUUCAAAGCUAGCUGCAACUAUGCCAGCUAACGAAGGUUCGAAAGAGAACUCACGCAGUGAUAACAAGAGACCUGCCAGCAGCCCGCUCAUCUCGCCGAUCCGAAACCCCUCGGAUUUUCGCUGA